GCCCGUGGACGUAGAGCGACGCUCCGCCUCCUCCGCUCAGACGCCGGGAACAGGGGGUGGGGCCACGCUAGCGUCCGCGCCAUCAGGCCCAGGGAGGCGGCGAGGUUCGUUUUCGGUAUAUGGUUCUCCACUCCAGGCAGUUCUGCUUGGUGCCAGCAAUGGAGGGCGUGCGCUGGGCCUUUUCCUGCGGAACUUGGCUGCCGAGCCGGGCCGAAUGGUUGCUGGCGGUCCGAUCGAUCCAGCCUGAGGAGAAGGAGCGCAUUGGCCAGUUCGUCUUUGCCCGGGACGCUAAGGCAGCCAUGGCUGGUCGUCUGAUGAUAAGGAAAUUAAUUGCAGAGAAAUUGAAUAUCCCAUGGAAUAAUAUUCGUUUGCAAAGAACUGCAAAAGGAAAACCAGUUCUUGCAAAAGACUCAUUGAAUCCUUACCCCAAUUUCAACUUUAACAUCUCUCAUCAAGGGGACUAUGCUGUACUUGCUGCUGAACCUGAGCUACAAGUUGGAAUUGAUGUAAUGAAAACUAGUUUUCCAGGUCGUGGCUCAAUUUCAGAAUUCUUUCAUAUUAUGAAAAGAAAGUUUACCAACAAAGAAUGGGAAACAAUCAAAAGCUUUAAGGAUGAAUGGACUCAGCUGGAUAUGUUCUAUAGAAAUUGGGCACUGAAAGAAAGCUUCAUAAAAGCCAUAGGUAUUGGACUAGGAUUUGAACUGCAACGACUGGAAUUUGAUAUAUCCCCUUUAAACCUGGAUAUAGGCCAGGUUUAUAAAGAAACACGUUUGUUUCUUGAUGGAAAGGAAGAAAAAGAAUGGGCAUUUGAGGAAAGCAAAAUAGAUGAGCACCAUUUUGUUGCAGUAGCUCUUAGGAAACCCGAUGGAUCUAGACAUCAGGAUGCUUCAUCUCAAGAUGCUUCUAAGCCCUCCCAGAGGCAGUUUACUAUUCUUACCUAUAAUGAUUUAAUAUCAUCUGCUGUUCCUAUGACCCCCGAAGAUCCUUCAUUUUGGGACUGUUUUUGCUUCACAGAAGAAAUUCUGAUACGAAAUGGUACAAAGUCAUGAUAAUGAUAAGUAACAAAGGAAAGUGAAAACUGUAAUAUUCUGUAUUCACUAAAAAAUAAAUGCCUAAUACUAUCAAAUUUUAUUUCACAAAACAGUUUGAAAAACAACUUUUCCUAUUAAAAAAGUAUACUCCCAGUUCAAGAUAACUUAGUAGAAUACAUGUUUACCUUUUCUUUCUUCCCAGAAUCUCAUGAAUGGACUGAAGAAAUAGAAAAGGGUGUCAGAAUCUUAGGUGAUAUGGGCGUACCUUGUUUCAUUGCACUUUGCUUUAUUGUGCCUCACUUGAUUGUGCUUCGCAAGUGUUGCAUUUUUUACAGAUGGGAGGCAAGACCGUGCACCAGCAAAAACACUACGACUUGCUUUAUUACGGUCAUCUAACUGAACCCCAGAUAUCUGAGGCAUGCCUGUGCAUGCUUAUUGUAGGAAAAAGCAGAAAAUGCAAAUAUGUAAUAAGGAAACAUUUAAAUUCAGACAUAACUAUAUCAGAGAUAACUUUCUAAAACCUUUCUUGGCAAAUGAAUCCAUAGUAAUAUACUUGUUUUUUUAAAAAAAUGGGAACAAUACUGUUUUAUAAUUUUUUUCUCUUAACUGUACAUCUACUGUUCAUAAAUACCACUGUGGCAAACCUUGUACUGGCUCCAAAGUAUUCUAUUGAAUGGCUAAUAUCAGUUAGGAUGCUUUUGGCUAGAAGGAGCAGUGUCCAAAUAUAAUUGACUUAAAUAACCAAGGACAUUUAUUAUGUCAUCCAACACACAGAUGAGAAGGUGUUAAUAAAGACACUUGUUUGACCUCAGCCUCAAAACAAGCACAGUUUGUUUUGCUUUAGGCCUGUCUCAUGGUCAUGACAGCUGCUGCUCUAACUUCCAGCUUCACAUCUUCAUAAAAUUGCAUCUAAAAGUCAGGAAAGGCUGUUUUUCCUCUCACAUCUCAGUUUUGUCAGUGAGGAGUACAUUUCUCACGAGUCCCUAAAAUAUUUCCCCUCAGUUUCCCUGGACUCAGAUCAGAGCACUGAGAAAGCCUGUCAUUAGACUGGAAAGCAGCCUCAUGGCAAGGAAGAAGCUGAGGCCGGCAGGGUUGGGAGAAUGGCACCGAGGGGAAGCCCCUUGCCUGCCUUAAGGGACGUGUGCCACAAUUGACUCAUGUUUUCCUCUCUGUUGGACGUUUUGAUUGAUUGCGACUUUAUUGUAAGCAGUGGUGCAGUGAAUAUCCUAGUUAACCACAUUUUGAGGUAUGUGCUUAAUUACAUCCUAGAGAAAGUUUCUGGAAGUGAAAUGAUGGGUUCAAAGGGAUUAAAUUUUUUUGGAGCUUUGAUAAGAAUUGCCAAAUUGCUCUCCAAAAAGAUGGUGCAACUGACACUUCCAGUAGUUUUAUAUGUGUGACCACCCUUUCACCCCCACACCUGCACACUGCCUGGCCAAUUUUAGAUACUUUUUAAAAAAAUUCAGUCUUUGCCAAUAUAAGUGAAAAAUGGUACCUUAUUUUUUAAAUUUCUAAUUCUUUCAUUACAAAUAAGGUUGAUAUGUCAGUGUUGUUGUUGGCUGUUUGUAUUCCUUCUCUAAUGAACUGCCAGUUCAUUGUCUUUGCCGUUUUUCAUUUUAGUAAAUAGGACUUAAUUUAAAGUGGGAACAUAAUAUAUAAAAUGCCAAGACCAUCAUAUUGAUGACAGAAUCUAUUAUGUGGUUGUAUUGCAUGUCUUGGGAGUUGGUCUUGUUAUUGUUUAAUAUCAAGAAGUGAAAUAAUUUUAUUGUUUCCAUUAUUAAAAUUAAAAGUUGUAGGUAAAGUGUAUAAAAUUAGAUACUUAGUAACAAAAAUUUGGAAUGUUUUAUAAUUUUUUAUUUUAUUAAGCAUGCCCAAAUAUUCCAAGUAUAGUAAAUAAUGUGUUUUAAUGGAUCAAGUAGCAUUGAUAAUAAAGGAAGCAUUGUUAUCCCUAGCAUGAAUGUAAUGGUGAUAUGAAAACCUGUCAUCUAUCUUGUCAUUAUAAUAAUAAAACAAUUAACAUUGAA